UCAUCAGCCACAAUCAUUUUUAAAGCCCUAGAACCCCAGCUGCAAACGCCUCCCCCAUUGCCGAAUCCACUCACGCCGCUCAAUCCCAAAUCUCAUCUUCAUCAAGAAAUGGCCGUCAGUUUCUCCGACCUCAGUUCCGCCGCCGGCCUCAAGAAGCUCGAUGAGUACCUUCUUACUCGCAGUUACAUUACUGGGUACCAAGCUUCAAAAGAUGAUUUGACUGUUUAUGCUGCUGUCGCCAAGCCUCCAUCAUCGGACUACGUUAACGUGUCACGGUGGUUCAACCACAUCGAUGCACUGUUGAGGAUUUCUGGUGUUUCUGGUGAGGGAUGUGGCGUAACUGUUGAGGGAUCAGCUCCUGUCAGUGAUGCUAUUGCAACCCCUCCGGCAACAGACACUAAGGCCGUUGCUGCUGAUGACGACGAUGAUGAUGAUGAUGUGGACUUGUUUGGUGAGGAGACUGAAGAAGAGAAGAAGGCUUCUGAAGAGCGUGCAGCUGCUGCAAAGGCUGCUGGAAAGAAGAAAGUUGUAGGGAAGUCGUCAAUUGUGUUGGAUAUUAAACCAUGGGACGAUGAGACUGACAUGAAAAAACUCGAAGAAGAAGUUAGAAAAGUGCAGCAGGAGGGUCUCCUUUGGGGAGCAUCCAAGCUUGUCCCUGUUGGAUAUGGAAUCAAGAAGCUGCAAAUUAUGAUAACCAUUGUGGAUGACUUGGUAUCCGUUGACAACCUUAUUGAGGAUCAUCUUACUGCAGAACCACUUAAUGAAUACGUCCAGAGUGUUGACAUCGUCGCCUUCAACAAAAUUUGUAAGUAUCUUCUAUUAUGAAGAUGUGCAUCCUUUUCUCUGUUAAUGUUCUUUGCCUAAUUCUUAGGUUAAGUUGCAUCUUUAGAUACAAUUAUAUGUUUGCAUCCUAAAAUCGUGUGCUGAGUGAGGUACAACUAUCGCUCGUGCUUAACUACCAAACAUUGCAAGUCCCAUCUAAAUGUGUUUAGAAGGGCAACGCCUGUUCCCCUUUACGGAUGUGAGAUUGGAAAUUCGUACAAUAUAUGCUGUUUUUUAAGUGCUGUGAUGCAUUGAUACGAAAGAGGUUCCGCUCACGUUGGUUGAAAAUUUUAUGCAUCUUGCAAAUUGUUCAUUUACAGAAUUUUCGAUAUCUAAGUGGGAACAUUUUCUUUUGCAGAAUAUGCCUGGUUCAUGAUAUAUAGCUCUGCGGGCACUGGAUCACGAGCAAUGAAGCCUACUUACUCUGUUAUGUCUCUGUUUUGUUUAUUUCCUUUUGAAUGGCUUUGAUACGUUUGGAAUCCUACAUUGUUAUGUGUGGAAGUAUUAGACCUUGUGACAGAAAUUUUGAGUUUGCUUGGGCUUUUAUUAACUUUCCUAAUUUUGCAA